UCCAAAACCUCAGCUCAUUUCUUAGCGAUGCCACACAACACCAGCCUUUUUUCUCUUUAGAUGAGAGAGAGAUCUGGAAGUAACAAGCUUCCUAGCCAUGGGAAGCUCAGAGGCUGGAAUGAGUAGUGAUGUUGCACGAGCAUUAGAAGGUGAGUAUCAAGUGUUCCUGAGUUUCAGAGGACCCGACACUCGUCAUGGAUUCACAGACUUCCUCUAUGAUGGCUUGAAAGAAGUUGGAUUUUGCGUAUUUAGGGAUGAUGAGGAACUCCAUGUCGGCAAUGUGAUUGGAGAGAGCCUUCUACGUGCUAUCGAUGGCUCCAUAAUCUACAUACCCAUCCUCUCCAAGACAUAUGCUGUUAGUAAAUGGUGCCUUCGUGAGCUUGCACGUAUAGUAGACAACGUGUCUAAGUCAGAGGGUAAAAAAAGUAUCAUUCCUAUUUUCUUUCAUGUGAAACCUGAUGACGUUAAAUUUAAGAAUCCACUGUAUACCGACGCUUUUCUGGAACACUCGAAGGAGUCUCCUGAUGAAGUCGAGGCGUGGAGAGCGGCUCUUGAAAGGGUAGCUAAAAUCAAGGGAUUGAAUGUGACAGAGGACCAAAGUCAAGUAGAGAUUGUCAAAUCGGUUGUUGAAAACGUAUUGAGAAGCUGGAGAUAA